AUGACAUCCACGCACACCCGCUUGCACUCUGUGUACCUCGCUGUGGAUAUUAGCGCGGUCCAGAAUCCACGCACUCUCCCGCCAUCGAUGUUACUUUACUCACCUCAUUACGUCCUGCGCCGCCCUUCCCAGCAAUCUCCUCCUGUGCCCUCAGGCCUCUUCAGCACAUCCUUCAAAUUGCUCUCCCACCCAUCUCAAAUGCCUGACGUCCCACAGCUGCCGGAUGGCGAAAUUGAAGAGGAGAGUCGGGAGCUCACACAUGAGGAAAUAUGGGACGGCUCUGCGCUCAUCGACGCCUGGAACUCUGCCACAGCAGAAUAUGAGGUACGUCCAGCAAGUGCUCUUACAUCUGCCGCUCUUGACACCCUUGCAAGGCAUUCCACGGGAAAACGCAAGACUGGAAGUCGACCACUGUCAAGAAAUCCUCUCUUUUCGAAGAAGAAGGCCAAGACACCUAAUUCAACAAAACUGAAAGAAGAGGACUCCGCACCGCUUGAUUUCGACACGGUCGUCCCAUCGUAUGAUCCUUCGCCGCCAGUGCCAUCUGAGGCUUCAACGGCACCCGAGUCCUCGUUUUUCAUACCUGCAUCUUCAACCACCAUGGUAAGUCGCGAUGAAGCUUUCAGCCGUGCGCUAAGUGCGAUGUAUUGGGGUGGAUACUGGACCGCAGUGUACCAUUGCCAAAAUCGGCAUUCCUCUCAGGAGGCUGUCGAGGAGCAAGAUCAUCAGGAAUACGAAGAAGAUGAUGAAGUUCUUGAGGAUGAUGCUGAAGAUUUGGUACCUUAG